AUGUCCGCAGACGAAACCGAUGAAAAUAUCGUACUAAAAAUUGAUAACUCUUCUGUGAUCAUUAAAAAAAGGGACCUGAUUUCAAACAGUGACUAUUUUAAAGCAAUGUUUGAAAGCGAUUUUGUUGAGAAAACUUUGAAGGUGAUACCACUCAAGGGUGUGGAUCUGAAAGCCAUGAAUAUUAUUUUAAAAUUAAUAUCAGAUGACAGUUAUGAUGAUGAAGAUAUUUUAAUUGUAUUGCAGACAGCAUGCAUGUUACAAUUUAGAAAUAUAAAGAAAGUGUGUCUGGAAAGAAUAACAGAGUUAUUAUCUUGGAAAACCAGUCUUGAAAUUUGGCUGGUUACAGAACAAUUAGAUGUUCAACCCCUUUUUCUCAAAGCAAAACGUUUAUCCUUAGAAGAAUUUGUGAUGGUUAAAGAAACAGAUUCAAUACUGCAGUUGAAUUUGCAGCAAUUGUGCAGUUACCUUGGCCAUGUAAAUUUGAAAACUGACAAUGAGUUAUCAGUCUUUCAAACUGCAAUGAAAUGGUGGUAUGAAAAUGGAAAAGUAUAUAAGGAAAACUAUAUGAAAAUAAUUCUCCAACUUCUCAGUUGUGUUGAUUAUAAAAAGUUAUUGAAUACUCAUAUGAAUGAAAUCAUAACAUAUCCUGAUUUGGCUAAUGUCAAAGAAAUUAGGGAAGUUUUGGAAUGUCUAGCUCAAAUGCACAGAGGAUUGACAACAAUGGAAUUUUCAGGGAACUGCCAAGAAAUAGCAGAAAAACUAUUACUGCCAUGCAGGAGUAGAUAUUUAGCUUCCUGCCCAUGUAUUUUAGUUGAAUGUAAAAAUGCCAAAAAAGAUGUUAAUAGCAUGAUUUAUUAUGAUUCAAAUGGAAAACAAUUCAAAAAGUUCUUUACCAUCGACGAUCCCAAAUACGAAAGUCUGGAGGGGUGCAAGUUUAUUGGUUACAAAGAAUAUGUCUUUAUGUACGGUGGAGAAUACUUGAUAGGUCGAGGAAAGUGGAACUACAAUUUGUGGGUUUUCGAUACCAUAAGAGAAAGAUGGGAAAGGAAAUGCGUGUUGCCAUAUCCGAGACGACAUUUUGAUACCUGCAUUGUUGGCACUAAAUUGUUCAUAACAGGGGGUACUGGUACUUUCAGAGUUACCCAAGAAAAUACGUUCUGGUACGAUUUCAAAAAUGACAAAUGGAGCACACAACUACGACUACCUUUCUUCGACAGACACUUGAAGUGCUGCUGUUUUUCUAACAAAUACUUCAUAUUGAGUAUCAGUAAUAAAUGUGGCUAUUUUUUGAUAGAUGAAGAUUUUGGCAAUUGGAUGAAAAUGCCUCUCAACAUAGACGAUAGCCUGUUGAAAAAUCAAUCCGAUUUCGGGCUUUUUACCUAUGAAGAUAAAUUCUACGUGAAGGGAAAGGAUUUGAUAGAGUUCACUUCCACCGGGGACAAAAUAACAGUUUCAUCUGUGAAAAACAUAACCAACAAAGACUGUGAUAAAAUGGAGAUUACUGUUUGCGAUGAUACCGUUUAUACCCUUUACGAGUACAGAUUGGACAACAAAGAAACCUUUUCCUUGGAAAGGUACCAUAUGAAAACGGGGCGAAUUGAUUUCAUCUUCCAAGAUAUUGACAAUGAUAGCAUAAUUGAAGCUGAUGGUGAGCAAUUCAAGUUCAGCAAAACGUUGAAAUUGUUCUCAUUCAACCACUAUUCUCUAGUGGAUACCAAUGAAGUGAUUAACGAUUCUUUCAAUGUAUAA